AUGCAAAUCAAGAACGUCGUCGCUGUUCUAGCCACAGUCACUGCUAUUCAGGCCCAAGCUGGCAUUGAUCCAAAUGCCACUGCUCCAAACGCCACGCAGCCAAAUGUCACGCAACCAAAUGUCACGCAGCCAAAUACGACACUUCCUACCGCUUCGGUGACUACGACAGUCUCGAUUGGUGACGCUGUUGUUAACUCCAUGGCGGCCGGCGCUUUCGGAGCAGCAAUUGCUGCUGGUGUUGCGUUCUUAUUUUAA